UGCAUUCUGGACCUGUUGAAGCUUCCGGGUGGUCUUCAUGGGCAGCCUCGUGUAAAGUGGGUUGCGGUAGUCAAGCCAUGAGGUUGCCUGGGCCCAAGGGACUGUCUGAAAGGACUCCCAAUCAAGGAAAGAGUGCAACUGACGCACCAGAUGAAGCUGUGCAAAGGCCUUCCUGGCCAGAGCUGCCACAGCAGAAGCUGGAAGCCCAGGAAACCCUGAACGUAGUUGUUCCUAACUCACUUUUUUCCCCUCAAUUAAAGAGAUCUGUGCUUUUAUCAUCUUUCCUUCCAGGACUAUUCCAGUCCUUUGAUCAUUUGGGGUCCUUUUCACUGCAACACAAGAAGCAUCUAGUGUUUCUGGAUGAAAAUGCAUAUUGGUGUAGCAUUUGCUCAAAAGCAGCGAACUGUAGAGGGAUAUUUUGUUUCCCUACAUUAGGGAAAAUAUUCGAGAUUACCUAGACACCCACUGGGAAGAAGAAGAAUGCCAACAAGAUGUUGGCCUGCUGAGAAAACAGGCUGAAGAAGACUCUCAUAUGGAUGGAGUGGUGCUUAUUCCACUGGAAACCAGGGACGGGGAAGAGGAAGUUGAACGGGUUAUCCAGGCAGUGGUAGACAAUGUCCUCUGGCAGAUGUCUUCGGAUAGGAAGACUACAGCUUUAAAACAACUCCAGGGUCACAUGUGGAGAGCAGCCUAUGAAAAUGGCCGCUUGAAGGGAGAGUUCUUUAAGGAUGUCGUUCCAGCAGUGAGAAAGUGGAAAGAAGCAGGAAGGAAGGUGUAUAUUUAUUCUUCUGGGAGUGUGGAGGCACAAAAGCUUUUGUUUGGGAACUCUACAGAAGGUGAUAUUUUAGAGCUCUUUGAUGGUCACUUUGACACCAAAAUAGGCCCUAAGGUUGACAGUGAGAGUUACCAGCGGAUUGCUGCGAGCAUUGGAUGUGCCACAAACAACAUUCUAUUCUUGACAGAUGUCACUCAAGAAGCAGAUGCUGCCGAAGAAGCAGACAUGCAUGUGGCUGUCGUGGUCCGGCCUGGCAACGCAGGGCUGACAGACGAUGAAAAAUCGUAUUAUAGACUCAUAACCUCUUUCAGCGAACUGUUCCUGCCUUCCUCUGCUUAAGAUUUGCAUCUGGGACUAAGGAAAGGGGGAAAAAAGAUGGAUUGGCAGCUGAGAAAAUUCUCCUUAGCAUUUAUUGUCAUUCUUGCCAGUGAUAAGAGUCUUGGAAAGAGAAAUAUUGGACAGUUGACUUCCCUGAUGACGCAAAAUUGAACCUGAUGGAAAAUUGCUAGGUCUGUGAUCGCUUCAGCCCGAGCAGUCAUAAAGCCCUCUAGCUGUUGACUUUCUUUGGAAUUGCAAAUGGAAGAUUCAAGAGGUACAAUUCAACAGAAGGUUCUCCAGCAUGAAGCCUUUUUGAGGUCAACCAGUAGGGUGCAAAUCGCACCUCCCGUUCACUUCAAAGGGGCCAGCACUGGAGGCUUUUCUUAUGGAAUGUGUCUUGUGUGUGUACGUCAUCUUUUAUUAGCUUUAUACUUUAUUGCAAGUUUUUUUAAGUCUUGUUUUCUGUUCUUUAUUCUUGUUCGGAGUAAUCAUAGGUGAAAUCGGACAAUUUAUUAGAUCAAUUCUUUGAAAAUGUUGCAGCCUGCGCUCUCUGGAUCAUUUGUCUUGAAAAGAGAAGGAAAUCAGCACAGGCACUGUUAACUGAGUCAAACAUGGAAGCUAAUAGAAAAGCCCUGCCAACUGAGUGUGUCUGCAUGUGGAAGGCAUGAUUGAUCCUGUGUUAUGAAAGAGUUGCAUGAUUGCUCAAAGGCUGUCAUGCUUACCUGGGGAAAGCAGUGCUUUCUUGGGAUCAAAUUGCUGGAAAAAUGCAAUCUAAAUCCUGCAGAUUAGUACUUUAGAUAUUGCACUUGAAGGUGGUAAUGGAAACCCAAUUGUGUAUGACUUCACUGGCACAAGCCAUGCCACCUGUUCCUUUUAUGCGCAGCUUUGCAAGAGCAGUAAGCAUGUCUCAAUGUCAGCAACUUUUCCUGUUGAUUGAUUUUUCAAGGCUCCCAGAUGUUUCAGCAGUCCAAAACAGAAGUGCUUGUCUCUUCAGCAUGUUGCACAUUUAUGCUCUGCUAUAAGUAGUGUUCUGCCUCCCACAACCUUGCCCCUUUUCACUAUGAGUUAAGGGGAACAAUCCCAUCAUACUGAAUGGGGCUAAUGGCGAUAUUUUUUCCAUCUGACCAACAUAUUUUGGAGUUACGUCCUUCUUGGAAAUAGGCCUGUGGUAACAACUGCAAAGCUGGACAAAGUUAGUGAAACCAUAAUAUGUCAAGAACAUCCCAGUUUGGCUGGAAGUGACCAGAGAAUCCAAUGUAUGCAGCCUGGAGUCUUACAAUGGAGUAAGUGCACAACAUCUAAUCUAAUCCCUAAUUUGAUGUUCUCCGUAUAUAUACGAUGGGCAGCCCUUCCGGUAUUUGAGAACAUUGUUAGAAUCGGCCUUGCUGUUGUGUUCCAGGUGGAAAGGUCUUGGUGUUACACACAGAUGAGUAACUGAACCAGAAGAUACCAGUGUACAAUUCAUGUUGGAAAAGUCAGAUACGAUAUUAAAAUUAUUAUGUAUUGAGUUUAUAAAUCCUUUCCCAUUCUGGAUGCUAAUGGAGAGCAGUUCCACAUUGCCCAUGUAGUCAAUGUCAAUAUAGGAUUGUUGCUUUGUGGUGGUGCAUGUCUUGUCUUUAAAUAAAAUCUGUGACUGAAGUGGAA